ACCGCGGCAGAAAACGCGUGACCUUAACAAAAAGGGAAAAACUGUAGUCCUAACAACAUAAAACACGGCGAGCGACUGAUACAGUAUUAACGACUAUUCCCUACAGAUGUGCAGCACUUUUCUACACUCAUAUAGAGAUAACAGGAGAAGAUUUAGAGCUUUAUUUUGACGGUGAGAGACAGAUACCCGAAUUACCUGAAUUAAACCCGAUGGGGGCAGCGUAUAUUUACGGCAUGAAAAACGCCUUUAAAGGUGGGCUGCCGGACCGUCCCUAAUUUCUUAAUAGUGGAAGCAGAACACAGCCGUCAUGCCGACUGUGGUUCUGAUGGAUGCUUCGCUCUCCAUGACACGACCUGUGUCUUUGGAGGGCAGUGAAGAGUUUCAGAGGAAGAAUCUAGCUGUUCAUGGACUGACCAUGCUGUUUGAGCACAUGGCUACAAAUUACAGGCUAGAGUUCACAGCCCUUGUAGUGUUUUCUUCCCUUUGGGAGCUCAUGGUACCAUUCACCAGAGACUACAACACAUUACAGGAGGCAUUGAACAAUCUGGAGGACUAUGAUAAAACCUGCCUAGAGGCUGCCCUGCAGGGAGUCAGUAACAUUGUGCAGCAGGAGUGGGGCAGCACCUGCCCCUGCCAGGUGGUGCUGGUUACUGAUGGUGCUCUGGGCAUUGGCCGUGGUUCUUUGCGCCACUCCCUGGCCACAAUGAAGCAACGUGGAGAAGACAAGAAGUUCCCCCUUCCCUUCCCUUUCUCAUCUAAAAUGUACAUCAUGUGCAUUGCCAAUGCAGAGGAGCUCCAAGCCACUGAUGCAAUGGACAAUUUGGAGCAGCUGCUCGCGUUAAGUGGUGGAGACGGACAGAUCUUUACUAUGGAUGGUCCACUGUGUCUGAAGAGUGUUCAAGCAAUGUUUGGGAAGCUUAUUGACCAGGCAUACACUCCCUUUCACGCUGUGCUUCGCUGUGGGAACCUGGCCUCAGAUGUGCAGGUCUUUCCAAGGCCAGAACCUGUGCUGCUGGAUGAGGAAGUUGAUCCAAUACCAAAGUCUGUGCUCACAGAGUUGGAGAUAGUGGGCUUCAUUGAGAUCGGAGACAUCGCCAGUCCUCCAGUCCUGUCCAGACACCUGGUCCUCCCAAUCGCUGUUAACAAAGAAGCAGACGAAGUGGGAACGGGGACAACUGAAGACAUGGAAGAGGAGACCUCAGCCAAUCAAAUGGCAGGAAAAAGCCCAAAUUUCUGCGUCCUCCUGCAUGGCAGUCUGAAAGUGGAGGGCAUGGUUGCCCUUGUGCAGCUUGCGCCUGACUGGUAUGGAAUGCUGUACUCCCAGGCGGAUAGUAAGAAGAAGUCCAAUCUAAUGAUGUCACUUUUUGAUCCUGGUCCACUGCCUCUUCCUUGGCUGGGAAAAAUGUCUCAGCUUGGACCAGUCUCAGAUGCUCUAGAGAAUCCCUAUGGUGAAGAUGACAGCAAAAGCCCUUUCCCUGUCCAGCCCAAAAACAAACGCAGCUACGCCCAAAACGUCACUGUUUGGAUCAAAGCCAGUGGGUUGCAGACAGAUGUGCAGAAAAUUCUCCGAAAUGCAAGAAAACUUCCAGAGAAAACACAAACUUUCUACAAGGAACUCAAUCGUCUGCGGAAGGCUGCGCUGGCAUUUGGUUUCUGGGAACUGUUGAAAGGUGUGGCUGAGCUUUUAGAGCGGGAGUGCACCCUGCUGCCUGACUCCGCACAUCCGGACGCUGCCUUCCAGCUGUCUCACGCUGCCCAGCAACUCAAGCUGGCCAGUACCGGAGAUUCCCAGUAUGCUGCCUUUGAACAUAACAUCACCCCUAUGCUCACUGACUUUUCAGGGGGAGGAUCUGGUGCCGACAGGAUGUAGAGGGUGAGAAGAAUGCAGUGUGGAAUCUUUUGUCUACCAUCGGAAUUGCAUUUUUCAGCGUUAAGGGGUUUCUUUUAGAUCCCCUGGACUGUUUUCAAAAGCCACGUUCCAAAGUCUUAGUAAUGUAGGAUAAAUUACAGUUGCGACGAACAUGAACUUUGUGAUGUGGAGAAAAUCCUUCCUGAUGUUUUUUAAAGAAUGUGGUCUAGUUUUUGAAAAUAAGAAGGCUAAAGGAUUUGUUUAAUGUGUAGUGUUUUUUCCUUGUACAUAGUAUUUUCUACCAUGACAAAAAAAAAUAAAUGUGUUUCACAACUUUGAUGU